AUGAUUUGUUCUUUUCUACGAGCUGUACAGUAUACGGAGAAGCUGCACAGGUCCUCGGGGAAGCGCUCGUAUUUGCCAUACUUUGUACUUAACAAAGCUUGCUUGAAGACUGAGGCCAGUUUGAGAUGGGGGCUGCACGAGCAGAAAACGGUGCCAUCUGGAUGUAUCCUUGGAGUCACCCCGAGGACCAUCUGGACACAGGGACAGGGCCUCCAGAGGGCAAAGGAGGACAACAACAAGCAAGUAUCUGUGCACAGUCAGAGAGGGGAAACCGCCAUCUCAGCAGCACAGAAAGUUAAAGAAGCUGGAAGAGAUUUUACCUAUUUAAUAGUGGUGAUUAUUGGAAUCAGCAUUACAGGUGGCCUGUUUUAUGUGAUAUUUAAAGAACUUUUUUCUUCAUCCAGUCCUAAUAAGAUAUAUGGGAAAGCCUUAGAAAAGUGCAGAUCACAUCCGGAGGUAAUAAGUGUCUUUGGUGAGCCUAUUAAAGGAUAUGGGGAGCAGACAAGACGUGGUCGAAGGCAGCACGUCAGUUUUAUUGAAUAUGUAAAGAAUGGGCUGAAACACGUGCGAGUGAAGUUCUACAUCCAGGGUUCCGAGCCUGGGAAGCAGGGGACAGUGCAUGCGGAAGUGAAGGAGAACCCAGAAAGUGGUGAAUAUGAAUUCCGAUAUAUAUUUGUAGACCUUGAAGCUUAUCCUAGAAGAACUAUUGUCCUUGAAGAUAACCGAUCCUGA